UCGUUAUGAGGAGAAAAAAAAAUAACAGAAAAAGAAGAUAUAAUUGUAAUUUAACUAGGAGAAAUGUCUUUUAAUACCAAUAAUCUGUGACGUGGCUAUGAAACUGGACAAAACGACGAUUAUAGAAUUAUGGGAGGGAAAAUUAACGAACGCUGGAUGAGAAAGAGAGAUAAAGAGAAAUGUACGUCAAUGGCGGACAGACACUACGAUUCUAUUCUAUUCAAUUCCUUUUCUGUUGCGAACGACCAUUGUUCCGCCCUAAUCUGAUGAAGACGAAGCUCAUUGAUCGCAUCGUUAUCAUCAUCUUGCAGAGUUUGGAUCACAACUCAGGUUAACAUUUCUUCUAUACAAGUUUCUGUUUUUGAGAUAUUCAGAAAAAAGAAAAUGCAGACCAAAAUAAGAAUGGAAAGGUUUUGCAAGUCUGAAUAAAUUUCAUACUUACAAUUUUCGCAAAAUUUUAAUCACUUUGGCUGAAAAGAUUGAGCUACAUUGCAUUUGCAUAUAGCUUGAUUAUAUACGUAAAACAUUCUUCCUCUUAGUUUUAUAAUGUUUGUUUAUCAUUAUAAUUUUAAUUUGCAUACAGAUUGGGCUUUAUAAUGUUUAUCAAGUUAUAUCUUGUCAGCUCUUUGAAGAUUAGUCUAUUCAUUUGAGGUCUCUAUUCUGAAAUAGAACAAAUUCAUGUCAUCAUUUUCAAAUGAGCGAAACAUAUGGCUUGCUGCUUUGAUUUCCAUUUUACUGUAAUUUACAUGUUCUACUAGUUUGAUGUGGUCUGAGGGGGUUUCGUUUACAACGGCUGGACUUUUCUGCAACUUGAAUGGCUGAUUUGCAGAGGAAUCAAUAUAUUUUUGAUAAGGAUACCUCACAGGCCAUUAUAGCCCUGAAGAAAGGGGCACAUUUGCUGAAGUUUGGGCGUAGGGGAAGUCCAAAAUUUUGCCCCUUCCGGCUUUCUAAUGAUGAGAAAUUGUUGAUAUGGUACCGCGGGAAACAUGAGAAACAUCUUAAGCUAAGUCAAGUCUCAAAAAUAAUACCCGGACAGCGUACUGCUGUAUUUCAGCGCUAUCCUCAGCCGGAGAAAGAAUAUCAAUCAUUUUCUCUGAUAUACAGUAACAGGUCCUUGGACUUGAUAUGCAAGGACAAGGAUGAAGCUGAAGUCUGGCUUGCUGCUCUGAGGGCCUUGAUUUCUCGGGAUAACAGACAUUGGUGUAGUGAAACAAGAAGCGAAAGUGGAACAAUAGAUGGCCCAUGUAUCCCUACACAAAGAAAAUCAACAUCAGACCUGUCAUGCAGUAGAAAUGAUAUAAGUGACAAGGAUGUAGAAGGCAGUCAACCAAUUUUGGUUCCGUAUGAGAAUUCUUCUCAGAAUAGUUUGGGAAAGGCAUUUGCCGAGGUCUUCUCAUGCACUGCAUCAGGGAAGGGAUACAACAGAGCUGAGUCAUUUGCAAAACAUAUCAGCUUGUUAUCGCCUGAUGGGUUAGAUGAUACACAAAGUAGCACUUCAGCUACUGAUACUUUUCGAAGUAGUGAAUCCAGUGCCUUUAGUUCAUCCAGCAAGGGAUCCUUUUAUGAAGACAUUGAUAACUUCAAUGAUGUUUACAUUUGGGGUGAAGGAAUUGGUGAUGGGCUGUUGGGUGGUGGCAUCCACAGAAUCGGUACUACGGCGGUCAGAAUGGAUGCUUUGCUUCCAAAGACUCUGGAAUCUACUGCUGUGCUUGAUCCUUAUGAUAUUGCUUGUGGGAGACAGCACGCCAUGUUAAUUACCAAGCAGAAGCAGCUGUUUAGUUGGGGUGAGGGUUCAGGUGGCAAACUUGGACAUGGAGUAGAGGAAGAUGUUUCUCAUCCAAAGCUCAUUGAUGGUCUUGGUGGAUCAAAGAUUGAGCUAGUAGCUUGUGGGGAACUUCACACCUGUGCUGUAACAGUUUCAGGAGAUUUAUACACUUGGGGAGAUGGUGCUCGUGAUUUUGGUAUUCUCGGGCAUGGAAAUGAAACCAGUCAUUGGAUACCAAAAAAACUCAUUGGCCAGGACUCUGCUCAAGUGUCAUUUAUCUCUUCUGGACCUUGGCAUACAGCUUUUGUUACGUCAGCAGGUCAGUUGUUUACAUUUGGUGAUGGAACUUUUGGUGCCCUUGGACAUGGUGAUCGUCACAGCACAGCCGUCCCUAGGGAAGUAGAAACUUUGAAAGGACUGCGAACUGUGAGGACAUCUUGUGGUGUUUGGCACACUGCUGCGGUGGUUGAAGUUUCUACUGGAACUUCUUCUGGUUGUAAUAGUAACGUUUCUGGGAAACUGUUUACUUGGGGAGAUGGGGAUAAAGGCCAACUUGGGCAUGGUGAUAAAAUACAUAGACUCUCUCCAUCUCGUGUAACUGUGUUAGAUAAAGCAAACUUCUGUCAAGUGGCUUGUGGUCAUGUCAUAACCAUCGCUCUAACUACCUCAGGACAAGUUUAUACAAUGGGAAGUGCUGAUUUUGGGCAAUCUUGUAUUCAUGAGAGUGCUUACAAGGUUCCUAUUAAGGUAGAAGGUAAUAUCAAAAACAGAUGCAUCGAAGAGAUAGCUUGUGGUUCUCAUCAUGUUGCAGUUUUGAGCUCUAAAGCAGAGGUUUACACUUGGGGAAUGGGAAGAAAUGGUCAACUAGGCCAUGGAGACAAAGAAGACAAGAAGAAUCCUACACUUGUUAAAGCUUUAAAAGAUAAACAAGUAAAGAAAGUGGUAUGCGGCUCCAAUUUUACGGCUGUCAUCUGUCUUCAUGAGUGGAUGUCUGGUGCUGACCAUUCCAUAUGUUCAGGUUGCCGCAAUCCAUUUGGCUUUAGAAGAAAGCGACAUCACUGCUACAAUUGUGGCCUUGUGUUCUGUAAAGCAUGCAGCAGUAACAAGUCUGUAAAAGCCGCUUUGGCUCCUAAUACUAUGAAACCUUAUCAUGUCUGUGAUGAUUGCUUUACCAAAUUAAUGAGGGUCACUGAAUUUGGGUCAAAUUCAAGCAGAAGUCUGUCUCGGAAUAUUAGUGCUGUUUCUGAGAAAGGAACUCCAAACCAUGGACCUUUUCAUCGGCGCCCUGCUUCUUUUGACUCAUCUAAACUGGCUCUUAGCCCACAGACCAACAAAGGAACUUUCAGUCCCAUUUCAAAUGAAUGUUUCAGCAGUGAAUCAGUCACAACAUUUGAAAAACCAAAGGCACGCUCUCCUUUUAUUCCUAGACCGAGAUUGGUUCUUCGAGAAAAAGCUCUUGCUUCAAGAAGAUCAAGUCCAGCUUAUUUAGAGUCAAUUACUUCAACCCUUACUAGUCAUGAUCAUUCAGAAAGCACUAUUGAUGUCUCAAACCAAAAAGAAGAGAGUAUCUCUCAGGAAAUAAAUAUAUUAAGGGCACAGGUAGAAGACCUUACCUGCAAAUCUGAAAAUUUAGAAGCAGAACUGAAAAGGACAUCAAGGCAGCUGAGAGAUGCAACAGUGACAGCUCAGGAGGAAGCUGAGAAAACCAAAGUUGCAAAAGGAGUGAUUAGAUCUCUUGCUGCCAAGCUGAAGAACUUGGCUAAAAAGGUUAUGAGCCAUAGGCACAUAGCAAGUUGAGCAAAAGUUAGAUGUUGAAGCACCAAAGCUUCUAUUUCUCCGGUGGGGAAAAGAAACAUCUCUGAAAAUAGCUAAGGUAUGCUUACUGAUUGCCGAGUAAUUGAACGAAUAAUCGCCUUACAUUAUUUGACAAAUUUAAACAGUGAAAUUGUACAUGUUUUAAGUGAAACUAUUUAUGUUCUGACAUACUAAUUAUGUCAUCAUUAUGAUCAAAAUACAUGAAACAGAUUAAAUCAGUAGCCAAUCAUUUUUAGAACAUCCAGGUGUGGGAUGUUCUUUUUCUUCCACAGUAACUAAUAAGUAUCAAUUAAAAACAAGAAGAGGAAUGACAGGAGAAGAAGAACAUGGCUUUGGGGUUUAAGUGUCAUGAACUCCAAAAGCAGUAAGGGACUCAUUACUAUGAAUUAGCUGUUUGCAAAAUUUCAACUCUCUCCUAAGUUUCUCUUUAUUUGUCUAGUUGGUGAUUACCGCAGUUGUAAAAAGAUUAUAUAUAUGGAGAGUGGUAAAUUAUUUAUCAUAGCGACUUCAAAACUGCCGAGACAAUUUAUUAUUUAGUUCUGAGACAAUUCAUUAUAUAUGGAGAGUGGUAAAUUAUUUAUCAUAAGCUUGAUUUUUGUACUUAAAUUAU